AUGGACAACACUAAUAUCGACUUUAUUGCUUAUGGUGAGUUAUAAAAGUUUAAAAUUUAAACAUGAAAAGAAACUUAAUACAUUUUAUUAUAUUACAUUAAUUUUAAAUGAUAAAUUGACGAUUAUAUCACUCUUUAUAAUUUACAAAUGAAUCAUGUCCAAAUACUCGGAAUUAUUUAAUGUUUUUGAAAUAUAAAGAAAGUAUUGUCCUAAUGUCGGCUCUAACUGUUUUCAUCUCAUAUAUCGGUUGACGGUUGAUUUUAAUAUUCAAUAUUCAAUUCUACUCACUGUUUUCAAAUUCCCUAUUAUCAACGAAUUUCAGUUAUCGGUUUUAUAUCGGUAAAAAAUAUCGGAAAAUUGAAUAGGUGUUGAAAAUUAGUUAUAUUCACCAAGCAUUACUAAUAAUGAUUAUUAUAUUUUAAACGCGUCAUUUAAGAUAUCCCAUGUAUAGAUCGUGUAUCCAACUUGUGAACUUCAAACAACCUGAAUGGAAAAACUUAAUACUCAUAAAGUCUGCUAUAAAAUCUCAGAAACUAGAAUAUUUGGGUCAUAUAUUAUUUAUUUAUUUAUUUAUUUAUUUAUUUAAAUAUAUGUGUAGACGCCUUGAAGGUAGUAGUUGUAAGAACAAUAAUGUUAUUCACUAACUGUAUUAUUAACAGUUAGUAAAUUACAGCGAAAUAGAAGAAAUCAGGCUAAGUAUGUUUAAGACGACACAACAUCUUAUGGAGAGAUUUAUUGUAACCAUAAGACGUGAAGUGCAUUGUAAUGGAGAAGAGGGAGUGGUUUCGAGUGGAGUGUGAGAUAAUAUGGAAAGAAACGAUUUCCAGUAAGUUAGUAGCAUCGAGAGUACCGCUGAGAAGAGAGGAGAUAAAAAUAAGGUCAGCUUUGAUACGACGGGAGGCAAUAGUAAGGAUAUCGAGGAAGGAGUGUAUACAGUCGUAGUUAUGCGGUAGGUAAUCAAACUUUAGCUGAUGGGCUGUAAACAAAAAAAAAAAGGUUCUGGACUCGUUCGAUACGCAGUUGGUUUCACGCCAAGUAAGGAUGCCAAAUGGUGAUCUCGUACUCCAGGAUCGACCGCACUAGACGGCAAUAUAAAGUAUGAAGAUAGGAGGGAGAGAGAAAAGGGAAGAAUUGCGCUUGAUGAACCUAAGAGUUUUAAGAGUGAAUCCAACAGUAACAUCGAUAUGGUACCUGAAGGAGAGAUUAGAAAACAAAUGGAAACCAAGAUAUUUGAUAACAUUGAUACGAAUGAAAGGGAAACAGCUAAGGGAAUAUGGAUGGAUAAUAAGGAAACAUUUCCUGGAAAAAGUAUUGAUGUGGAAUUCAUUAAGAUUUAA